UCACUUUAAAAAAUUUUCGGAAAAAACAAAACACAUUUUUACAGAAAACUAAGUUUUAUUUAAAUAAAAUUGAUAAUACUGACUAAUAAUGUCGGAAACUAGCUCCAAGGAUAAUGUCAAGACGGCAAUGACGUAUAUUUGCGGUGAAUGUCAUCAUGAAAACGAGAUGCGACCCAGGGAUCCAAUCCGUUGUCGCGAGUGCGGAUAUCGUAUCAUGUACAAGAAACGCACCAAGCGUCUUGUUGUCUUCGAUGCCCGUUAAAACCUCUGAAAAUUAAUAGAUAACCGUCUAAACAAUAUUUUUAAGGAACUAGUUUGUAACUCCACAAGGCUUAUGCGUCAAUAAAAGUCCUUUUAUAACUCAA